AUGACACCCUGCCCGACAUCGUCACGAGUAAGCCCCCUUUCUUUUUUUUAUGUUUUUCAAUCGCCUUUGUUUAUUGUGAAUCCGUUCGACAUAUAUGCCUUCACUCGGGCCUCAAAAAAGCAGAGAAAUGUUGAAGUGACGUCCAAGCCCGUGGUCGCAAUGCCGCCUCCACGCAAGCCCUCGGUCACCGAGCCGACCUCGUCCGCUCGGAAGGACACAACCUUGGCCAGCCUUCCGAGUUCUACCCCCGCUACCACAAAUAUCACAGCCCAUACACCGCUCGAGGGUACCUCCGCUCCCCAACUGAGCAAAAUGGAGCAAAUUCGGUUGAGGCCCGGGAGAUGA